UUCAUGGCCAAUUCCUCCUGUGUUACUGAGUUCUUCCUGCUGGGUUUCUCCAGUCUUGGGGAAUUGCAACUUAUCCUCUUUGUGGUUUUUCUCUGCCUCUAUUUGAUCAUCUUGAGUGGAAACAUCAUCAUCAUCUCAGUCAUCUGCUUGGAUCACAGCCUCCACAUACCCAUGUACUUCUUUCUCUGUGUCCUUUCUACCUCUGAAACUUUCUACACAAUUGUCAUUCUGCCCAAGAUGCUUAUCAAUCUUCUCUCUGUGCUCAGGACUCUGUCCUUUGUGAGUUGUGCUUCACAGAUGUACUUCUUUCUUGGUUUUGCUGUCACCAAUUGCCUGCUUCUGGGAGUGAUGGGCUAUGAUCGUUAUGCUGCUAUCUGUCAGCCUUUGCAUUACACCAUUCUCAUGAGCUGGAGAGUUUGUGGGCAACUGGCAGUAACUUGUAUUGUCAGUGGUUUCCUAAUAUCUCUAUUGGGAACAACUUUGGUCUUUAGCCUCCCUUUCUGUGGCUCCAACAAGGUCAACCAUUAUUUUUGUGACAUUUCACCAGUCAUCCGCCUCGCUGAUGCUGAAACCUACAUUAAUGAACUGGUCAUCUUCAUUGGUGGGGUCUUGGUCCUUGUUGUGCCCUUGAUCUUCAUCUUCAUCUCUUAUGGAUUUAUUGCCUCUGCUAUCCUGAAGAUUUCAUCAGCUGAAGGCAAACGAAAGGCAUUCUCCACCUGUGCCUCCCAUCUCAUUGUGGUUGUUGUCCACUAUGGCUGUGCUUCCUUUGUCUACCUGUGACCCUCAGUCAAAUAUACAUCAGGAAAAGACAGGCUGGUGACAGUGACCUAUACCAUCAUCACCCCACUGUUGAACCCUGUGGUAUACAGCCUCAGGAACAAAGAUGUACAGCUGGCUGUUAGGAAAAUGAUUGAGAAGGUUAGGUUAAGAUUUUGUAAUUAUGUUAAGACUUUAUAA